ACAAACUUCCAUCGCUACUCAUAUAAAGAAAGUUGCUUCUUCUUCUUCUUCUUCUUCUACUCACAUAAAGAAAGUUGCUUCUUCUUUUUCAUUCUUCUCUUCUCUUUUUCUAUUCAUUGAAGAUGGGUGAAGCUGUUGAAUUCUACCACUCCAAUGGCGUCUCCGGGAUUAAUCACAAUGAAUCCGGGAAAAAAAUCGAUGAAAAUCACAUGUGUUGCUGGUAUGAAGAAGUCAUUGACGAUAAUCUCAAGUGGUCCUUUGCCUUGAAUAGUGUGCUGCAUAAGGGUACAAGCCAGUACCAGGACAUAGUUCUUUUGGACACAAAACACUUUGGAAAGGCCCUGGUGAUUGAUGGGAAGAUGCAAAGUGCUGAAGUCGACGAGUUUAUCUACCAUGAAUGCUUGAUUCAUCCAGCUCUCCUUUGCCACCCAAACCCAAAAACUAUCUUCAUAAUGGGAGGUGGUGAAGGGUCUGCUGCGAGAGAAGCACUGAGGCAUAAUUCCAUAGAAAAAGUGGUUAUGUGUGAUAUCGACCAGGAGGUGGUUGAUUUUUGCCGUAGAUAUCUCACAGUAAAUCAAGAGGCAUUCCGAAACAAGAAGCUCAAUCUGGUUAUCAAUGAUGCCAAGGCCGAGUUAGAAAGGAGGAACGAGAAAUUCGACAUCAUUGUCGGAGAUUUAGCAGACCCAGUUGAAGGAGGGCCUUGUUAUCAACUCUAUACAAAAUCCUUCUAUGAGCGAAUCCUCAAGCCUAAGCUCAAUGUCAAUGGCAUCUUUGUUACUCAAGCUGGACCUGCAGGCAUUUUUACCCACAAGGAGGUCUUCUCAUCCAUAUACAACACAAUUAAGCAGGUCUUCAAGUAUGUGGUUGCAUAUGCAGCUCAUGUUCCGUCUUUUGCAGAUACAUGGGGUUGGGUGAUGGCCUCAGACCAGCCAUUCUGUAUAAACGCUGAAGAAAUAGACAAGAAAAUCGACAAAAGAAUAGACGGGGAAUUGCUAUAUUUGAAUGGUGCCUCCUUCAUCUCCUCCACCACCAUGAACAAGAGUGUUUCCUUAUCGCUGUUGCAUGAAACUCAUAUCUACACUGAAGAGGAUGCGAGGUUCAUUCAUGGACACGGGGUGGCUUACCGCGAUUGAAGAAGAAAGGUUUUCGGGUUGUGGGGAAUUGCUGUACAGAAAGAUAUGUUGAAGGGUUGAAGAUGAAAAUAGAAGUUAAAAAGGAAGAAAAUCAAUCAAACAACAAUUCAUAGAAGCUUUUGUUUUUAUACAGUAAACGUUGUUAGCUUUCUCUUGUGGGUGUUGUAGGACUCCAGAUAACAAAACUGUAUGAAAAGCUUUAUCUAUAUAUUUGAAUAAAUCAUGAGGCAUUCCUCCAUUGAAUCUGGCUUUGAUCCAGUGUUCUAAGAACAACGAGUCUUUGAAUUCAAAUCAUGAGAUCCAUAUACAUAUGGGUAAAAGUUUUGCAGAUUGCUAAAUUAGGCAACAGAAACCAAUGACAAGAUGAGAGAGAGAAAGAAGAAAAUUCACAGAAAUUCGGGAUUCAUCUUCUCAGGUUCGCUUGACGGGAUCGAAGUUGGCGACGCCGAUAACAGCUCCGACGAUUGCACCAAGGACGACGCCGCCGGCCACAAUGCUGAGCAGGAAGUUCUUGAGAGAUGGGGAGACGCCGGAGGCUGCUUCAGCCGCCUCAGGCAGCACCAUGGAAGCUGUCAAUGCGGCGGCUGUCAGACCUGUGAUUGCCUUCUCUUUGAGAGAAGCCUUCACUUCAAGCCGACUGCCCCUGGACUUCGGCUUCACUGCCACAGCCUUCUUUGAUGGCUUCACUUGCAGUGGCUGGAAAAAGGCUUCAGAGGUUGGCCUCUGGAGCAGCCUAUUCUGGCUUGCAGAAGUCAGUCGCAUAGCCAUAGAAACACUAGCCAUUGUCUCCAAUUCUUCUUUGUUGAUAUGCUCUAGUGGUUGCU